AUGGGUGAGAAACAUUUCACGUCACGCAAGAAACUCGAGAAUGAGAAAAGAAAGUUCUGCUGUCGCCUUGAAGAAAAUCGGAAACGGUUUGAAUCUUCGCACAACAUAACCAGACUUCUGGAUUUUGUGCUUCAGGAAGCCGCUCUUCAUAUAGAGGAAGAGCAACCCCUCCCUGACGUGGAAACGUCAGUCAACCUGCCUCUGACCGUGUGCCGCGUGACGGCCGUGGACGGCGUGGCGGAGGGCGUGAACGCGCUCCGCGUGGGCAAGCCGGCAACCGCUUGGCGCGAUGGCAGACACCUGGUGCUGGAGGCGGCCGCUGGGCUGCGCCAGCUGCGGGUGUGCUAUCGCAGAUACACGGCGCUCGCGCCCUUGGACCCGCUGCCGCCAUUCUACGUGUCCGGAGACGCCACGAUUACAGUGUCGCCGGUUAUUCUGCGGCUGGUACUAGUCCUGGAGUCGCCGUUCAGAGUGAGGCUGCGCCGCCUGGAAGUGAGCGAGAUGGGGCCGCUGGAGGUGGAUCUGACAGGCCUGGGCGACUGGAACUUCCUCUGGAGGAUCUCCAGGUGGUUCGUGCUGCCGCGCGUGAAACGGGAGCUGAGGAACCAGAUCGAACUGCAGGCCAAGUCGAUUGUCGAGGAGGUGUUGCAGAGAGUAAACAGCAUGGCCGCUGACAUCCCAACGUUUAAGGUGUUACUGGCUCUGAACUUCAAACCGAACCUUCGACAACAAUUACUCCUUUUCGCGUAUAAUCGAAUUGAGAACUCCAGCGCUAGUAAUUCACAUUUGAGCUUCUGCGAUGGAUAG